AUGAAUACUCUGAAAAGAAUGUUAGAAGAGCUAGAUAGCCAAACUGAAGAUAUAGGUAAAAAAUUAGAGGCUGAGCCUCCCCUUCCGAUUAGAAGACACGAAGAUGAAGUCUAUGAGUGGUUAGAGAAUGCGGAAAGGAUCAAAAUUAGAAUACAAACUAUCGAACAACUUGGCGAAGGGAAAUAUCUCUCACGUGCACAUCUUGCAAAGCUUGUUGAUGAAAAAAUUGGAGAAGUUAAGGAAUUGCUUCAGAAAGGUAGUUUGUAUAGUGAGAUUUCGACGAAGAAGCAGUUCAAGUACGUGAUCAUUGGUGGUGGAGUUGCAGCUGGAUAUGCAGCAAGGGAGUUUGUUAAACAAGGGCUAAAACCAGGUGAGUUAGCAAUCAUAUCAAAAGAAGCAGUGGCACCUUAUGAACGGCCAGCACUUAGUAAGGCCUAUCUGUUUCCUGAGGGAGCUGCCAGACUUCCAGGCUUCCAUGUCUGUGUUGGAAGUGGAGGAGAGAGGCUGCUUCCUGAGUGGUAUGUGACGAAAGGUAUUGAGUUAAUUCUCAGCACAGAAAUAGCUGAAGCAGAUCUUGAUAUGAAGAUCCUCACUAGUUCCACCGGAAGAACCUUCGAAUUUCAAACUUUAAUAAUUGCAACUGGCUCCAGAGUUAUAAGGUUGACAGAUUUUGGUGUACAAGGAGCUGAUGCCAAAAACAUUUUCUACUUGAGAGAAAUCAGUGAUGCUGAUGAACUUGUAGAAGCAAUUGGAGCUAAGAAAAAGGGAAAGGUAGUGAUUGUUGGAGGAGGAUACAUUGGUCUUGAAGUCGGAGCAGCUAUGAGAAUCAACCAAUUUGACGUUACUAUGGUUUAUCCGGAGCCAUGGUGCAUGUCUCGGCUUUUCACUCAAGAGAUAGCUGCUUUCUAUGAGGCUUACUAUGCUAACAAAGGAAUUAAAAUUAUCAAGGGUACAGUUGCAGUUGAGUUCGAUGCUGAUACGAAUGGAGAGGUAAAGGCAGUGAAACUCCAGGAUGGCAGGGUGCUGCAAGCUGAUAUUGUAGUUGUUGGUGUUGGGGCAAAGCCUCUCACUGAGUUAUUCAAUGGGCAAGUUGAUGAAGAGAAAGGUGGCAUCAGAACUGAUGGAAUGCUUGAAACAAAUGUCCCGGAUGUAUAUGCUGUAGGCGAUGUGGCUACUUUCCCUCUGAAAUUGUACAAUGACAUGAGAAGAAUUGAGCAUGUUGACCAUGCUAGGAAAUCAGCUGAGCAAGCUGUGAAAGCUAUCAGGGCAAGUGAAGAAGGGAAAUCCAUUGAAGUGUAUGACUACCUUCCAUACUUCUAUUCGCGUGCCUUUGAUCUUUCGUGGAAGUUUUACGGAGACAAUGUUGGUGAUCCAUUGAUGUUUGGAGACAAAAACCCAGCAUCCGGAAAACCAAAGUUUGGAACAGCAUGGAUCAAGAAUGGGAAGAUUGUGGGAGUGUUUUUAGAGGGAGGGACAGAUGAAGAAAACAAGGCUAUUGCCAUAAUGGCAAGGGUCCAGCCUCCAGCUGAGUAUUUGGAUCAACUGAAAAAGGAGGGUUAUUUCCUUGCUUGA